CUCAAUGUUGUUAUUAUUCUUACAACUACAACGUACGUUGAAUUCUAUAAGAUUUAUUCUUAAUUGAAAUUAAGUUUUAAGAUUUGAUACAUAAAUAAGAUUUGAUUGACAUAUUUCAUCGUCAUCAGUUGGUGGUCAUCAGUGAUAUUUUCGUUUUUUGAGAUUAGUCAAAUUAGACAGGUGACUACAUUACAACUUUGAAAAUGAGUUUCAAUGAUCAUAGUAGUGGUCCGUCUGGACGAGAGCUGUACAGCUUAAUGAAUAAUCCAACCACAGUGGGGUCCCGUAUCUUUAUAGGAAAUAUCCCUGCUAAAAUGGAAAGGGAAGAGCUUGAGGAAAAAUUUUCCAUGUAUGGGAAAAUUGCAGGUUUGGUCCCCAAAAAGGGGUUUGCAUUUAUACAAUACGAGAAUGAGCAGUCAGCAAAUGAUGCAAUUUUAAAUGAAUGUGGCAAAAUGUACUACGGCAGAAAGAUAGAUGUGAAGGCUGCUACUCAGCGCAGUGAAGGUGGUGGAAUGCCACUACAGGACCGGCCUGACAUGAUGGAACGAGAUCGAUCUCCACCUCGAGGAGGUCCACCUAGGGACUGGAGAGAACAUGAGAGGUUUGAAGGAGCAGGGUUUGGUGGCCGAGGUGGAGGUAGAGGUGGGCGAGGUCGAGGAGGUUUGGACAGAGAACCUCCCAUGGACAGAUUCGGGAGGGAUGAGUUCCGAGGCGUACCAGAUGACUAUAGGGGACCAUCUGAUGACCUGAGAGGAGGUCCACUCCCAGAUAUGGGCAGAGAUUUCAAUGGUGGACCCCGAGGUCGUGGACUGGAGCCACGAGGGUUGCCACCUACUCAUGACUUUCCCCCCGUCGAACCCCGUGCUGUCAUGGCUGCUGACAGGACAAAUGAUUGUGAAAUUAUUGUUGUCAACAAGAUGGUCAGAGAAUAUGCUGAAUUUAUCGAGCGAAGACUCAUUAAGAUUGGUUUGACUGUGGACUUGUUGUUUCCGAAUGAAGAAGUACCUUUGGGCCGAGUUCUAGCCAACAUCUCUGGAAGAGGAACAUUGUUUGCCAUCAUCGUUAAUAUGACCAAUGAAGAACACAGAAGUCUCACUUUAAAUCUUCUGUAUGGGCAACCUCAAGAACACAGGAACAUGCCCCUGGAAGACGCUCUGGCAUUCAUCGCUCGCAGCUUUGACUCGUACCUGCGAGGGGAGCGAGGCCAGGGACCUGGACCAGUGGCUGUGGGGCAGUCUGCGCUGGACCGACACCCUGAGGCAAUACAGACACUACUGAACCUGCUGAGAGAGAACCGGCAACUGACGGUGUUACAGUAUGACAAGGUCAUCAAAUACCUACAGGAUAAGCGUGAACUGCAGAUCAAACUGGAAGUAGGAGAUGCUCAGGGAUUGCCAUCUAUUUCUGGAGACAACCGUCAACCAACAACCAAACAACAGGCAGAGCUGCAGCAUCGCAUAUUGAAUAUUCUGAACCAGUCUGGAGGAGGCCAGAACCAGCCCCCACCACAGGCCGUGCCGUCCCCCUGGCAGCAGUCCGCCCCUGGCCCCGCCUCCACCCCUGCCCCACUCCUCAAUGAUCCCACCGUACAGAAGGCUUUGGACAGCCUCAUUCAAGGAGAUCUACUUAAGAAGAUCACCCCUGGGGCUCCCGGGCCAGUACGGCCACCACAACAGCCUCUCUUUGGUGCAUACGCAGGCAACCGCCGUUAAAUCUCUAGCCAUGAACUUUUGAUUGUAAUUAAAGUUUUAGAACUAUGAUUUGUCACAUGUUUGUUGUAUCAUUAAAUAUUUUUGAUUUUAACUUGAUAACUGUACAUUGCAUUGAUGAUAAGAAUGUAUUGUAAUUUACUUUGUUUUACAAUAAAAACAUUACUUGUGUCACUUAAA